AUGGCUACGGCAGAACAACAGAAACAGGCGACGCGGAAAUUGACUUAUUGGCUAGAGAGCGAAAGGCGGAUCGUCAGUUAUAGAGUGUUAUCUCGAGAACUUGGGCUACGCGUCAACGUCGCCAAAGAUAUCCUCCUAAAACACCUCCAAUCAAACCCCUCCCUCUCUUCCACAUACCUCCUCUCCGGCCCCCUUCUCUCUUCCUCCUCUUUAACCCAAACGCAGCUCUCCCCCUCCUACGGGAGAGGCGGAGGGGGUGGGAAAGGGUUUAGAGAUCUGGGGGAAGGGAUGGUCAAGAUCGUUGAUAUGGAUGAGAGGAGUGAUGCUGGGAGUGAUGCUGAAGCUGAUGCCGAUGCGGAGGGGGAGGGGGAGGAGGGGAAGGUGAAUAACGGGGAGAAUGAGCGUCUGGGAGAUGAUGAAGACACCCGUAUGGACGGCGUAGGGAACGAUAGGGGUGCUGAGCCCGGAGACGGCGGUCUGGGCGGGGGGGAGGUGAUCGGAGAAGAUGGCCAUGGGGUGAGGAGGGAGAGGGUGGAUAGGUGGGGUGUUGUUUUUGCGGCGGAUGAUAUGCUGGAAGAGAAGAAGAGGUUGUUCAACUCGGGCGACGUUAGUGUGCAUGUUUACUCACUAUCCCCUGCUCCCAUAUCCGACCCAUCUCAGUUCAUAAUCCCCAAUACCUCUAUCCGCUCCCACCCCGAGACCCAAUACAACACCGAGGUGUACGGGACUCUUACGGGCGAUGCUUUCAAGCCUGCUGCUCAGCCAGUCGCGGCGGGAGUGAAGAAAGAGGCUGUGCAGGGGAAGAAGGAGAGUUCGGCAGCGGCGGUGUUUGGUGCAAAGAAGCCUGAUGCGAAGGGGAUCAAGAAGGAGGUCGGGCAGAGUUCGCCUGAAAAGAAACCUACUACCAAAGCUGCUCCUCGGCCAUCCAACUCUAAAAGAAAAGUCGUCACCUCCGAUACAGAAGACGACGAGCCCGUGCCUUCCAAACCCGCUCCCAAACCCUCCACCUCCUCCACCUCCGCUGCUCCAACAACAACCAAGCCAAAGGCCAAGACGGCUGAAGAAGAAGAUCUUGCAGCGCUCGAAGCUAUGGCCGGCAUGGACGAUUCUGACGACGAAUUCAGCGUUACCAGCUUUGCCAAGGAUGCGAGUAAGGGGAGAGGGAAGGACGGGGAGAGGGUUGGAAGAAUUCCGGGGAAGAGGAGUUUGAGUGGGAGGAAGGUGAGGAGGGUGAAGAAGACGAAGAGGGAGACGGAUGCCAAGGGGUAUAUGGUAUCCAAAGACUACUACACCGACGAGUCAUACUCUGGCGAAUCUGAGCCCGAACAAAAACCCGACAUCAAACCCGCUCCAGCCAAGCCCAAGCCGCCCAUCAAGGCUCAAGGAUCGUCGAGUAGUACUGGCAGUGGGAGCGGGGCAAAGAAAGGCGGGCCUGGGGCUGGAGGAAAGCCGGCUGGGCAGAGUACGUUGAUGGGCUUCUUCAAGAAGAAGUGA